UUCGGGUGUGUCGCACCGAUUCUUGUCAAUGUCCUUGUCAUCGCGGCUCCUAAGAGCGACCUAAGCUUAAACAACCGAGACCACCUUGAAGCGAGGAGGGGUAUCUUGACGUGUUAGAGGACAGGAUAUAUAGAGGUUUUGCACGCUGGUACGAGAGUAGAUCCUCUGUUCGUGUCUCGAACACUGUGUUUCCCCGAAAAAUGCAAUUGGUGACAUCAACAAAAUGAAGUUGUUUCUCGCUAUAUCGACCAUAAGUGGUCUAGUUGCAUUAUGCCACAGUGCGACUGAAUCUUCGGAAUCAAAAUUAUUCCCAAAAUUAAACGAUGCACAACGUGCAUAUGCGAGUAAUGCAGGCAAUCAGGAAGAUUUGACUACAUCUGCGAGCGAUCGAACAUUCCAUAUAACCAAAGAUUAUGGAUCAAUUGGAUAUCCUGGAGGAUAUCCUGGAGGAUAUCCCGGAGGAUAUUCUGGAUAUGCUGGAGGAUAUCCUGGAUCUACGUAUGGAAUUAGCCCGGGAAUUGGCCCGGGAUCUGUUUACCCUGGUACUCUAUAUCGCGGUAAUAGCCUAAUUCCAGGAUAUAAUAGGGGCUAUCCUGGCGGUCUCACUGGCACCGGUAAUAUCGGAUAUGGAUAUUACGGUGGUGUAGGAAAUUAUCCUGGAUACAGCGGCUACAGCGGAUAUGGAGGGUAUGGUGGAUAUGGUGGCUAUGGCGGAUAUGGUGGCUAUGGUGGUUAUGGAGACGGAAGGGGAUUUAUUCCUAGUGGAAGUUAUGGUAUCGGAGGUUACGAGGACGGUUAUUUAGGAUAUGGACGUGGCGGUUACAAUCGUUACGACGGAUACGAUUCUGGUUACGGAAGCGGAUAUGGUACAAAUUAUGGCUCGGCAUAUUCGGCAAGAAGUCCGUACAGUUACCGUGGUGGUACUUAUACCACUUCCCUUGGAAAUCCAACUGGUUAUCGUGGUUAUUCUUAAACAUGACUUUAUAUACAUAUGUUUUUUUUCGUAACUUUCGCAUAAACACUAUAGUUUAUAUAAAAUGUCUUUACAAAUUAAUACUUUUAUUAUUAAUACUGUUAUUAUUAAUGCCUCUUUUUAUCAACAUGAACCGAUUAAUCAUAUCUUUAAGAUUUCUCAAUAUAUGAAAAUUAAUAUGUUUCACAUGUAAUACAAAGAGAAAUAAUGAUGUAUAACUUGACAAUCUAAAACAAAUAUGCGCUAUGAAAUAAAACAUCUUA